AGGAGGUCGCCCUGCACGUGAUUGCGUGAUGACGUCAAAAGCCGGUGCCUCAAAAUUGAAGUGACCUUCUUUGCGUCCGCCAGAUACCAUUUACCGGCAGAGAGAAGAAGACAGUUCCUCCACCGGCGUGAUUUUAUCCUCGUAUAUCUGACUCUAAAGCUCACCAUGGGAGACAUUGAAAAGGGAAAGAAGGUUUUUGUCCAGAAGUGUGGUCAGUGCCACACGAUAGAAAAGGGGGGCAAGCACAAGGUGGGCCCCAACCUCUGGGGUCUGUUUGGACGCAAGACCGGCCAGGCACCGGGCUUCUCCUACACAGAUGCCAACAAGUCUAAAGGUAUUGUGUGGAAUGAGGACACUCUCAUGGAGUACCUGGAGAAUCCCAAGAAGUACAUUCCUGGAACAAAAAUGAUCUUUGCUGGAAUCAAAAAGAAGGGAGAGCGACAGGACCUCAUCGCAUACCUCAAAUCGGCAUCUUCAUGAGCUAGUCAUAAAAAUUACUGUUUAAUGUCUCUCUUUUGUUCAUUUUUCAGCUUGCACAUGUUAAAUACAUGGUUUUAUGUUUUGUCAUUUGUACAAAGGGUUCAGUAUCACAUCAACUCUAAUUGUUUGAAUGUCAAAACAUAAAAUUAUAAUUGGGUUACCUUUCUUGUGAGUCUGUAUGAAAAUGACAAACUAAUUGAGACUACUUCGGUUGGUAAAUUCUGCCAGCUUCAUUUAAAAACCUUAAUUCGUCUUUACCAAUAUCAUUUCCGUUGGUGACAAAACAUAACAGCCUUUAGGUUUGUUGGUGUGUUGCUGAUGUUGAUCCCAGCUUUCAUGUCUAGUGGAGUUUCUCACCUUUUAUCGUGAGUGACAGAUUUUUCUGCCUUCUCUGAUCUGUCUAUUCUUUGGGCAGGAGGCUUCAAUUGCUGUGAACGAUCUAGAUUCUGCAGACUGCACCUUCCCCCCUUAAACAUUUAGACAAAAACCCUUGUUGCUCUCUGAGACUUCAGACUUAAACUGAUCUGUUUUGAUCACCGAAGCAGCCCCACUGCCUGUUUACUGAUGAGUUUCUAAAAGCCAUGGAUGACUUGACUAUAAGCUUGUAACAUCUAUGAAUAGUGAUAUUUGGCUGUAAAUGUCAUCACAACAAAUGUUGGGAAAUUGCUUACUAUGUAUAAAAAACUGUUAAUGGCACCAUCUGGAGAGAGAAACUUAUUUAUCUGAAAUCCUGAGGCCUGAAAAUAUCUUUUUAACUUAUUUUACUUUUUUCUGUAAAGGGUUUUUGAUGGGGCUGCUUGCUGCCAGUGUAUACACACCACUAUACUGUAUACAGACACCAGAGCAUGGUAGUUACAUUGUGGACAUACUGGUUGGUGGAUCAUUAAAGGAAAACGUCCAGAAAUCUGAA